UUUUUUUUAUAUGUAUUGUCUCUGUCUCACAAAUGCUUUUUAAGUGUUGGUCUAUAACAGAGGUAAUAAAUGCAAGUAUACAAUAGCCAAUAAAAUUACCUAUAAUAUCCUUUUACCAGUAUUUAUAUUUUGUAUCCUGCUUUUAUUCUUCUUUAGUUAGGUAUUUACUUUUUAAUAUAAUGUACAUCAGGGUAAUUAAUAAUAUAAUAAGUGUAAAUAUGUAAUUGUUAUACCUACGCCUCUAUCCUUAGAAAAAUAAUUAAGAUAAUUAAUACUUGUUUAUAUUAAUAUAAAGUGCCUGGAAUGUUGUAUCAUUUACCCAAAGCAACUUAAUACAACAUGUGCCUUCAAUAUGGUGUCAAACACAAGAUAAUAUGGUUACUAAAUGUUGGUUUCCAUACACUAAAUUGGAGUUUCCUAAAUCCAAGGUUCACUUCAGCAACAAACAUAUUAUGAAAAUGAUCACAGAGUCGUACGAGCCUAACGAUGUUGAUGGGUCUUGGUUUGAUGUCAAGAAAUUAGCUGGACCAUUAGAUAAAGAAAUAUUAGCAAGAAAUGUAUCAAAAACUUUGUCAUCUCAAUCCGAAUCAGACAAUACUGACCAGUCAGCUAAAGAUGAUGAAAGUGAUGAUAGUUAUACUAAAACAAAAGUGGCUGGCAGGAGAAGAAAACCAAAAAAACAAUUUUCCCCCGAACAGAGUCAAAAACGCUGUAAAGUGAUUGAGUCAUCAAGCAUACCACCAAUACCUGUUCCUCCUAAAAUACCAAUCAAUUCAUCUGUUUUUAUUGAGUCAUCUAGCAACAAUGAUGAAAAUGAUAAUGGACAUAAUAAUAACAGUUUUAAUGAUAAUGAUUUAUUAUCAGAAAUAACUUCAGACAUAAAUUCUUUUUUGACAAGUGUUUCGGCUAAUGAUUUUGUAAUAGAAGAUGAUAAUAACAUGUCUGUUGAGAUUCAAACACAAGAAAUGGCAAUAAUUCAACCUAACUGCAGUUAUGUAUCAUCUCCGGUCACUCCAGAGAUUGAAAAUGAAGAAAACAAUAUAGGUUCACCCUCUCCAUCACAUGAAAGCUAUAAUAACCAUAAUAUAGAAUCACAAACACAAAAUAUAAUGAAUGAUUCCAGAAACUUAACUAAUGAUAUCGCUGAACUAAAAAAAAUUAUUGAAGAACAAACAAAAGAAUUUAAAAAAAGAGACGAAAAUGUAAUGCUACAAUUGUUGAUGUUAGUCAGAUCUAAUAGCAAAAUUUGUGAAGCUGUCCAAAAUAUUGACAAAAAAGUAGGAUACAUGAUGAAAGCUGAUACUAGGACACGAGCAUUAGCAUUGCCUUCACCUAAUCUUCCUACACCAUUUCUCAACCUUUUACCAACUCAAUCAAUUGAGAAUGUAACUGUUGUUGAAAAUAUGCUUUCAAAUAUAGAUGAUGGAUUCGCAAAUAAAGAAAAAUUGAAGUCUCAUAUACUUAUGAAAGUAGGCAGUUCAAUGUCAUUCAGUGCAUCAAUAAGGAAUGCAAUUGCUUGUUGCUUUGACAAAGAUGUAUUAAAACUAUAUAGUUAUAAAGGCAAGACAAAAUAAAGUUUAUUAGUCUGAAUCUAUUUGAUGUAAUUUAUGAAGCAUUAUCUGGUUUUCGACUUACACCUGAGGAUGAAAGACAUUUUCACCAAGUUGCGGAUAACUAUAUUCGACAUGCGGCAAUAGAAAAAAAGGAAGAAAUCCCCAAUCCAAAACAAUGAAUUGAACAAAUUUUUGAGUAUUUAUUUCCCUAAAUAUAAUAUACAUUUUAAAAUUAAAAUAU